GAAUUUUGUUCUUACGAUCCGCUUCGUGAAUCAGAUCAUUUGGUGGAUUUAUUGUCCAUCAAAUUGGUGCUCUCGUUGAGAGUUCGAGAAUCAUACUCAGAGGAAACCCUCCAUUAAGACGAUGGUGCAAACACGCAGUAACGCCAAUGUGGGUACCGGAGUUCCCCAACAGGGGGAGAACAGCACCACUGGAGGUCGGAACCCUCCCAUCACCACCGGAGAGGCUGAGGCCCUCAUUCAGAGGGUUGGAAUCACGGCCGAACAAUUCAAAGAGGUGCUGGCCGCACUUGCACCUAACCGCGAGGUUGUGGUAGAAGAAGUGGCUGGGGGACCCACAGGCGGGAAGGCUGGACCCGCGGGCUCCCAAGGGAAAAAGAAGAAAGUAAGGCGAUCCCAGAAGAAGAAGGCGACCAAGCCUAAUGGGAAAGUCGUGAUGGCGGAUGCGCUUUCCAGGUUGGACGAAGAGGACGAGUCGUCCUCCUUUGAGCGGAUGUCUGCCUUUGACCAUUUGGGAGACCCCAAGUCAAAGAAGCCUCGGACCUCUGCGUUCGAACGGUUGCAGGACACUCGGUCGGCCCGAAAGGGCGACUUGAGGGAUGCGCUCAAGGAGAAAAGGGGGGAGUCCACAGCGACCUCCAAGAUCGAUCCCGAGGUGCGACGGACGACGGUCGAAGGCAAAGGCGCAGCCGAGCUGUGGAGAAUGUACGAGCAACUGGAGAAGCGGCUGGACGCCCAGAACCCCUACCGCCAGGCGGUCUUCAGCGAGGCGUACAACGGGACGACUGAUCCCCAGGACCACCUCGCCCGCUUCGGGGCUAACGUGGUCAUGUACGCGUACCUGGAAGAGAUCAAGUGUAGAUGUUUCCUGGCAACACUGGAAGGGCAGGCUUGUGAAUGGUUCCACAAGUUACCCAAAGGGUCGAUAGAUAAGUGGAGCGACCUGGCCCACAAGUUCUUGGAGCACUUCGCAUCCAGCCGAAGACAGAAGCUCCCCUUCUCGCAUCUGCUCAAUGUGAAGAUCCGAAAGGGGGAACAGCUCCGGGAAUUCAUAAACAUGUGGGAGAAGGAGGCAAGGGACGUCCAAGGGGCGGAUGACCAGGCCCUGAUCGCCAUGCUCCAAGCUGCACUCCCCCAAGGGGAUGUGCACAAGGAGCUGCGACGGAAUCCUCUCUCAACCUACCAGGAGAUGUUGGCCAGGGCGAAGUACUUGGCGUUAGAAGAAGAAGAUGAUGAGCCACCAGUCCGGAAGGAGAAGAAAAGUGGGCCACCGGUGGCAGAAGGGAAGAAGAGAAAAGACUAUGGUAAGGGGCCAAACCCUAACGGGUAUCAUGCGAACAGACAUCCUGUUCACGCGGUACAGUCGUUGCCUACCCCUCCUCAUAGCCGGGAAAGCUAUGGUGUGCAGGAUGCACCCAAGUACUGUGAGUACCACCGUAAUAGCACCCACAAUACGUCGGAGUGCGUUACGUUGAAAAAGGAGAUGGAUCAGCUGAUCGCAAGAGGGCCACCUCCUCGGUCGGACCGACCGUCCUCGAGUAACCGGACCUGGAGAAGGCCAUCAGCCCCCGCGGCAGCGAUCACGGCGGGGGAAGGGCAGGAAGAUGGGCGGCGACAUC